UUGCGACGGUCACGAUCGCGGCCCGUCAGCUGUGCUCUAAAAUAGCGCGCGUUAUCAUCGCGACCUCGGAGGCGAGACGAGAUAGCGCGAGGUCGGCGGCACCUGCGCGCCGCCGCACACGUGCGCGGCCCGCGGUGCAGCGCCGAGCUGCGGAGCCAGCUCUCCUGCCCUCCGCCGCUCGUCUCUCUCCGCAGGAUCGCGAGAUCGCUUCGUUCGAUGCCAAUAUGUAAAAACUAUCGAGAAUUCUGAAUGAAAAUCAGACGCUAAUAUAAAAUCCGAUGAUCUAUAAUUACCACGUUGAAGUUCUGAAAAGAUAAAAAAGUACUUAUGAGAAUAUUCAUAUAAGUUAGUGUUUAUAUAGUGGAAUAAGUGACAAUGAGAACAAAAAAAUCAGUGAAAGCGAAAAGGACUUGCAAGAGUAGUUAGUAAGGACUGACCCGACGUAGAAUGGGUAUACUUAUGGAAAGCUCAGAGGGUAACUCGGUCGGAGGCAACCGUCGCAUUGGCGAGCCGGAGCUCUUCAGCGCUAUGAGUGCGCCCGGGGAGUACUACGAGACUCUGCACACCAUUGCCAUCAACACCAGGGAGACAGAGUUCGGCAGCUACGUGGAGCCGAUACCCAUCACGCUCAAAGCGUACAAGCACAUGCAGACGCUUCCCCGCGCCGCCGACGGCUACGGGUUCCAAUCCGUUAUCACCCCUUUGAACCCUGUCAGCCAGGGCGAACUAGACCAUCCCAUGCCGUCGGUUAUCAUACAAAGCCCAGUCAAGGAAGACAGGGCGAAAGUCGCGAGGCCUCCUAAAAAGAAGUGGAUUAAAGAGUAUUUGGAGGAGGAACCUAAGUCGCCGGUGUCGGUGCGGGUGAGCGAGGUGUCGGUGGCGCGCAGCAACGGCGUGGUGCGGCCGCCGUCGCCGCCCGCGCCCGCCGCGCCCCCCGCGCCCGCCCCCGCGCUCGCCCCGGCCCCCGCCCCCGCGCUCCCCGCGCUGGCCCUCGCCCCCGACCCGCCGCCCGCCGCUCCGCCGGCGCCCAUCCUCGACUUCGCACAAGAACAUUCCAGGCCGCGGACCAACAGCAGUCACGGGCCGAGCCAGAUCCCGUCCCCGCCGUCGCUGAGCAGCGGCAGCACGAGCAGCAGCGGCAGCGGCGCGGGCGGGCGCGCCGGCACGCGCGAGGUGCACAACAAGCUGGAGAAGAACCGCCGCGCGCACCUCAAGGAGUGCUUCGAGCUGCUCAAGCGCCAGCUGCCCGCCGCGCCCGACGACAAGAAGACCUCCAACCUGUCCAUCCUCGGCUCCGCCAUCCGCUACAUCCAGGUGCUGCGGCGCAAGGAGCGCGAGUGCGAGCACGAGAUGGAGCGGCUGGCGCGCGAGAAGAUCGCGGCGCAGCAGCGGCUGGCGGCGCUCAAGCGCGAGGUGGCCGUGCGCGCCGCGCGCCGCCCGCGCGCCGCCGCCGCCGACGCUGCGCCCGAGGAAAAAGAAAGGGAAGACGUUAUUAACGGCCAAGUUUUAGGAUUACCUUUAAAAAGCAGCGGAUCGCCGCCCCCAGCGCCGCGCACGCCGCAUUCCCCUCACUCGCCGCUCGCGCCGCACACGGCCGCGGGCCACACGCCCCUCGGCGCCGCACAGCUCGGCACAGCACCGCUCAGCACCGCACCGCACACGCUGAACCUCAGCACCAAGCUGCGGCCGCUGCCCGUGCAGCUCGCGUCCACCGCCUCGCAGGUAGUGCGUGCGUCGUACGGGUCGCGGGCCGGCGCGCUCACGCUCACCACCAUCGCGCCCGCCGACUCGCCCGCGCAGAUGGUGGGCGGCGGGCUGGUGGUGGGCGCGCGCGCGCUGCAGCUGCUGUCGGGCGCGCCGCUGCACGUGCUGCACCACAAGCCCAACGGUAUAACAACGGAGAAUAACCGGACAUCUAAAGAAAACGGCAUUGUGACAACCUCCGCAGUGUCUACAGAGGGCGGCAGCGUGGUGGUGAGCGGUCUGACGCCGCUCGUGGUGUCGCAGUCCACUGCGCACCUGCUCGGCACGCACACGCUCACACACAAGAUGGUGGAGACGCAGAUGGUGAAGGGCAGCGUGUCGCCGCUGGCGGUGAGCGCGCAGUACCUGAGCGCGACCACGAUCGUGAAGCCCGUGGUCGUGGUCAGCGGCGCCACGCCCACCGCCCCGCCCCCCGCCCCGCCCGCCCCGCCCCCGCGCGACACGUGACCGCCGCACACCGCCGCCCAAAGCUGCGCGCCUGGUGCCCAACCGCAACCCGCUACCGAUAUAUAAACGUUAUUCUUUCACGUCAAUGUUAAUUUAAACCUGGUUGAAAUUAAUUUGUUGUGAAACUAUGUAUUUAACAAAUAAUGUAUGAAACUGUGUAAUCGUAAUCGCGCAACGACUCCCAACCGUUCGAUGACGUUCUCUCCUCGCGUGUUCCGUGAUAUUUUAUUUCAAAAAUAAAAUAUGGGGGGGGGGGGGGGGAAGCGUGGUACAGGACGGACCGGCGCGGUCUGUGGGGUCGUCUGAGAUAUCGCCACUACCUCAUCUGUACUUCAUAUCGGGCUUAUAAAGUCGAGUCUUAGCCGCCGCGCGACUAUAUUGACUGUAUUUUGUGAAAUAUCCCUAUAUUUCUUAAUCGCAUACGACAUUAAUACUUUUUCGCUUUAGACGCUCGGAUGCAAACGCGCUUAAAUUCGUUUCGCUUCCGUAAUAUUUCACAGAUAUCUUCAAUGGGUCGUGUAUAUUUUUAUAUUGCAAUAAAUACUUGUGAAGUGUGACGUCCCUGCGUGUGCCCGCGGCGCCGUGCGAGCGGAGCCUAGCGGUGCCGCGCGGCGCCGCGCGGCGCCGCGCGGGCCACGCACCGAGCCGCCCCAAUGAUAACAUUAUGCGUGUACAUACGAGCUCAAUAUAUUUUUCUACAGAUUCCAGAUCGUGUACAGUUGUAAAGUGACCGCGUGUAGAUAUUUUUAUUUAUUUAUUUAGAGCCGGCGAUCGUGGGGAGUUAAAUUGCGAACGGGAUUAUAUAGCUGCGGAUUUGUGAUCGAACUUUUUGUUCGUGGCGCUCUAUCUGUCACUCGAGCCUCACAUUUUUCAAUCUAAUAAACGUCGGCGUCGAUCGGAAUACUCACCGUGUGGAGAGCAUCUCGUAUAGCGAAGUGCUAAGUAUGUAAGAUGUAUCUGUGAUGUGCGCAGGCGCACCGGCCCCGCCCCGCGGCGUCACUCGUCAAUUCCUUCAUAGCGUACGUGUGCCUGCGACUGUGAUAGCGCCACCAGGCGGGCAGGAGCCGGGUCUUAUGACAAGUGUUAUAACUAUAGAUAGAUAUUUAAGGACCGGAUGCAAUAAGAUUAUUUGCUCUUCUCUUGUAAUCGCGUAAAUGAAUAACGAAUUUUGUCAAAUUUUUAUCUGUAUCAUUUUAAAGGGUUUUGAGCGCUGUACACAGAACAAGUAAUAUCAAAUAUUUUCAAUUAUAUCAUGAAUUAAGCACUCCUGCUUGAAAAAAUAUUUUUGCUUAUCGCUUUCCCUUCACUCUUCGCUCGCGUUACCUUUUGCAGUUUUAUCUCCACCGAGCGUGACGAUGUUUCUUUUUAUUAAAUAUGAACAACGAAACGUCUUCAUCCCGUCAAAAGUUAAAAUCAUAAUAAUUUUGCUCUUUUUGUUUUAUUUAUAGUACUCGCGUAUAGUUGCAAAACAAUGAAUUUUGGUGAAAGAAAUUUGACAAAGUUCAUAUAUAAAUAAUGAUUAUAUAAUAUAUUAUUGUAUAAAUAAAAGAUGAAUGUUUGGGAGACUCCUGCGCAGCGCCGCUCGGCCGUCCUCACUAGUGCCUGUUAAAGAGCCGCGGGUCGUGCCGCCGGGACAACUUGUUAUUUUAAAUAUAUAUAUUUAUUCAUACUGAAAAAAUAAAUGAGAGUGUAUGGAGCCUUAACUACUAGGGCGCCAGACGCUACAGAGGGUUGUCUCGGCGACGCGGCGCGGUUACUGUAGUUGCAUUGUUUCUGCAGUUGUUAAGUUUGCAGUUUCGCGUGUUGUUGUUGACUCGACGAUGUUACGCAGUGCCACGUUCCGUCCUCUUCGCUCGCGCUGGCGUGUCGCGCGUGCGAGUGAGACGGACGUACUGUCCACUUGUCCGAUAAGCAAUAAUGUGCCAAUAGUCUUACGUUGUUGUGAAAUAGAAUAGAAUCGGUGUUACUAAUGCGAUUUAAAUUUUGUAUGAUAUCAUAUUAUAUGAACUGAAUCGAGCUUUAACGUAAGGGGUCAAAGUUUCCGUUCGGUCGCCCGAGUCUGUUUGUUUGUGUGCAAUAGUUCGUUGUGUGUGAACCGGUGAGAGUCAAACUACUUAUUUAUUAUUCGAUCCUUUAUCCUGCAAAGCAAUAUGUCAUUUGUGUCGACUAAUUAUUAUUAUUGUAUCGCGUCAAAGGAAAGUCUCGUCAUGAAUUCCAAAUAUUGUUUUUGUAUAAUUUGUAAGGGCGUAAAUGAUCAUUGAAGGUUUAUUUAUUGAUAGAUCGUACGAAGACCGUUUUAUUUUGGUAACUCGUAUUCUGAAACUAUUUUAGUACUGAUGUAUAAAGUAUAAUACGAUGGAAUCGCGACCGCUCUCGGGCGAGCGCCUGUCACUUCGCCUAAUUCAUAGUUAUAUAUGACAAAAUGUAUAAUAUAAAGUAAUUUAAAUAAAAGAGAGAAAUCUAUUUUAAUUGUAAUAAUAUUGCGAAGCGAGAAUGCUCAUGUAAAUACAAUGAUGUAGUAUAAAGUUCUAAUAUUUUAGAAAUACAGAAGAUACAUAUUUA